CCUUUCAGUGCUCGAGUAGUGAGGCAGUCGGCAGGAGCAGCGAUCCAGCAGUCGGGAAAUAUUUGCAUCUAUAGUGCGUCGGAUUGCGGAAAAGCAUGCCGUGCUCCGCGAUAACCCUGUCCCUGGCCACCAUCACGGCGAUAGUGUCCGUGGCCAUGCUGGCCAUCGCCUUUUCCACGGAUAACUGGCUCUUCUACGAGGUCAAGCGGUCCAGCAUCUUGAAAUAUGCGUCCGAGAAGGGCGAACAGGGUGCCCUGGUGAACAGCAUGAACACGCAGUACUACUACUACACGCGCACCAAGGGCCUAUUCCGCAUCUGCUACCCGAAGGAACGCCCUCCCACUGUUGAGACGUACCUCAGCCCCGUGGAGACGCACUGCAUGAACAUCGACUACUUCAUUCCCGACACCGACAACGUGACCAAGAACUUCUCCGAGGAGGCUAUGACUCGCCUACAUAUGGGCCGAGCUGCGAUUGCCCUGUUCAUCGUCUCAUUCUUUGUCGUCUUCAUCGCAUUCUGGACCGGCGUCGCUGGCUGCUGGAGACGCUCCCCUGCCAAUAUCACCAGCACUGCGAUCCUGAUGCUUCUUGCAAGUCUCUUGAGUGCAGGAGCGAUGGGACUGUGGCACGGAGAGGAAUAUUUUGAGAAGGAAAAGGUUGUCGGCGAAGAAUACUACCAGCAGUGGAGCAAUAUUUUGCAAGAACAAACCAAGGUUAGCUACGACUGGUCGAUGGUUCUGGCGUGGCUGAGCGUGGGUUUCUCGUUCAUGUCUUCGGUGCUGUUGUUCGGGGCGACUUGCUGCCUGCGCUCAGAGCGCCAGGCCGAGCAGGACAAGAGCAUUCAGUACAUGAUGCAAGUUUACCCUCAGAAACAGCAGCCGUAUGCUUACGGAUACGCCUACCCAGGACCUUACUACCACGGAGCCGCGUACGGCCCUUACGCUCAGUACUGAUCAGGAAGGGAAGAGAGAAAAAAAGAAGACCAACACAAAAACGAGAGCAUGCCUUCUGCUUGAUGAUGGGUGACUGGGACAAUGCGAGUGAAUGUGUUUCAUAUUUAUGACAACUCCCACAACUCUUGUAAAAGUCGAGUAUUCCGUCGCAGAAAGCAAAAUAUUCACAUCGGAAUAUCUCUUCGAUUUUACUGUAAGAGGCGAGGCUUAUUUUGAAGCCUGUUUUUUUUAAUGUAAGCAGUGCUCUAGAAAUGUAAGUGGAGAAAGUGGCCUUUUUAAUUGAACAACAUCAAUUCCGCUCUCGUAUUUUAAGCUGAUUGCCAUUUUAUCGAAACAUCAGAGGAACAAAAACAUGACUUAAAUAAAGAAAAUAAUAUUUUUCAAGUAAUUUAAAGUGAAUAUAAAAACAAUGGAAGAACACAACGUGUACAUAGACCAGUGAUAGCGGAUAAUUAUCAACUUAAGUUUGCCAAACGCUUCUGUUUGAUGUCUUAUCAAAUAAAGUGUACAAACGUUAAAAUAAAAUUUAUUACAAAAGUAUGAAAUUACGGAAAUAAAA